AUGCAUAAAAACGGUUAUGCAAUUGAAAAAAUCCUCAAACGUAAAUUAUGUAAAGAAGAUUAUGCUAAUUUAUUGUUCUGGUCUGGUUCAAUAUGUCAUUUAGCCGGAGAGAAACCUGAAUUCAAACACCUUAUAAUUGGUCAAGAAUGGUUAUACACUAUGAAUCAUCCAAAAAGACAUUUGGAGAGUAGAAUACACUUCAGUUCAAUUUUAGGUGUUGUAUGCAUUGGAGAUUUGGCCAAAUUUCUAACUUGUCAAAUCACUAGAAAUUACAAUCAUAUAUGUAUUGAGUUUAUUGACAAUGUAACUCAAAAGUGUCGACAUGUUGUUGACUGUGUGGACUCAGUUGGACAAAACCUGAAGGCAUCAGGAGAACAGACAGAAGACAAGAAAUUGACCGAUAUGAAUAACUUGAAAUCUAACAAGACUGAAAAUAGUGUAAUGUCAGACAUUCUAAAUAGAUGGUAUGAUGAUCAGGUGAUCAAUUUCACUCGAAAACUGCACAUUUAUCUAAAUGAUACAGAUUUUAUUGGUUUUGAAAUUUUACAAAAAGCAGUUCGUAGCUGGCAUCAAUCAAACAAAGGAUUCAAGUAUAUGAUUAGAAAUCUUAUCCACUUGCAAGAUUUUCAAUCUAUGCUACAGAUGAAGAAUCAAAUCAGUUUAUCAUCUUCAUCAUUAUCACCAUCACCACCACCACCAACAAUAAACGGAGUAUCAACAGAGAAUAUUGAAACAUUAGUUGCCAAUGUAACUCGAAGAAAUACUAUUGUCUAUUCUACAACUGCUCUGAAUGCAGAUUUACAACAGUUGAUGAGUAUGUUCAAGCCAUUUACUUAUGAUGAUAUCAUAUCAUCUGUCAAGAUAGUUAACAAUCACUUAAACACAACAUCUGUUGACAUAAUCAGUCAUUAUUUAAACCAAUUUGAUGAUUGGAUCAAGAGAGCAAAGGAAAUUAAUAAACUGUUAUUAUACAGAGGUGAAAGUAGUUGGAAAUUUAACGCUUUAGUCGAUGAAAAUUUAAGUCAACUAGUUAGCGUUUUAAGUCCACUUUAUAGAAGUUAUCCUGUAUGCUUUCCUGUCAAGUUUUCUGACAAAGUGAUUACAGUGAUAGAAUGUCUGGUUACCCAGCUAACGCAUACACUAUCAGAGCAGCCAACUUCAUUUGAAAACACAGGGACACAAUUAAAUGAUGAACUGAAAGAUAAUGUCAAAUAUGCCUCCCAACUACCACUCAAACAAAUGUUCAAUGAUCAACUGAAACUUGUUAUUCGUUUACUGACCAAUAUAAAUUCAUUACUAUCUUCCAUACUGCCAAUCUGUAUACAUCCAAAUGAAACUAGUUAUCAUAUGACUAAGAAUGAAAUUUCAUUAAGUGUCAACGAAAUCAUUAUGAGAAAGAAAUUACGUAAAACUGUUCUACAUCUGAUUGAACAUUUAGCAAAGGUACCACUUGUAAUAAAUGAAUUCACUAUCUCUGAAAAUGAUACAAGAAAUACUUCAAAACACAACUGUUAUAAAAUUGAACUAGAAGUAUGGAUUAGAGCUUUCGAAAUGAAGAGAUUAGAUUCACUUAGUAAUCCAUUUCAAUAUUUCAAUAACCGAUUGAAUGUGGUAUUGGAUGAUAACACAAUUGAAAUAGUAACAAAAAUAAGGAAUAUUUUAAACAAAGAUAAUGAAAUAGGCGCAUUUAUACAUCAGUUAAAUUAUCAAAUCAAUUGUUUACUUUGUGAACUCAUCUCUCAUACAUCAUCUGUAUCUAUGACAUUCAGUACAACAAUUGACAAGUUAAUAAACAGUGAAUUGUUUCAUGAAGAUUGGAUACGUGAUAUAAUUCAUAAAUUGAUUAUAAAUUCUAGUGAAUCAAUCGUCUAUCUACUAGACUGUUUGAUGGCUCAUGCAUGUACUCGAUGGAGGAUGAUUUACUCAAAACUAUUCAAUUGUCAUCUUUCUCCUCCUCCUCCUUCUCCUCUUUCUACUGUUAACAAUAUCAAGGAGUUGGAUGAAAAAGAAUCCAUUUCUACAAUAAUAAGAUCAUUAUUUAUUAUUGAUUGGUUGACAGAACAAUAUCCACAUUUAAUUCAACCAUUGAAGGCUAUAGGAUGUAAUGAUUUAUUCUACUUUUUCAAUUCUAAACAUAUUGUUACAUUGAUGACUAAACUGAGUGAAAAGUAUACCGUUAAUUUUGCACAAAUCAAAUUAAUCAAAUGUGUUCUAGCUGCAUUGGUUAGUCGAUUGUACAAUAAAUUGGGUAGAAAGAAAGGCGGUUGGAUAAAUAAUUCUAUCAGUGAUGUGAUGGUUAAUUUCUAG